CUGUUGAUUGGAGUGUUGAGUGUUCAUCCAUCGCUUUAUUUGAUCCGUCCUUGUCCGAACUUCUCUGCUUGGCCUGAGGAUCGAACGCAGUUUUGCCCCUUGGACUUAUGAGUAUGGCCACCUCGUUGAGCUUCGGAUUGUUGCGGGGCUCGGGGCUCCGACGGGCCCUCCCGCUGGCCGCCCGUAUGGGUGGGGUGGCCCUCACGGCCCGUCCCUCGCCCGUGACCACGGCGCCUUUGACGGCGGGCAGUAGCUGGACGCAAUCCGCGCGCACCCUCAAGAUGUACUACGGCAACGAAAGCACGGAAAUCACGGGCUUCCGUCGGUGGCUGUUCAAGGCGGCGGGCUUCAACCAGUACGGGUUGUACUACCACGACUGUCUCCACGAGACGGACGACGUCAAAGAGGCCGUCCGACGACUCUCGCCUCAAGCUCAGGAUGAGCGCGCUUUCCGAAUUCAGCGGGCCCUUCAUUUGUCCAUGCGGAAAGUGGUUUUGCCGCGCGAAGAGUGGCCCACCUUGGAGGAGGACAUUCAGAAGGGACGUUAUUUGAAGGACUUACUCAAGGAGAUCGAGGCCGAGAAUGCCGAGAAGAAAGAAUGGGAGGCCAAGAUCUGAUUUGCUCCAUUCUCGAUGGCAUCCCUCCCCGACAUGGAUGGAUACAAAUUUAACUUGAACCGCUAAUCGUGUUGAUAAUAAAGCCUAUUCCCUCUUUAGCCAA